UUGAAGGAACGUUAAAAAAAGUGUCCAUCAUCGAGUGAUUAUUCGCGGGGCUUUCGUGACAGGUGAAUGAGGGAAUGUUUAUGAAAAAAAAAUCCCUCAAUUUUCUUGAACAUCGAGAGGGAGAAGUAUACAACUGAGUAAAGUGGUGCGCGCGCUUACGUUUUUCAGUGGGAAAUAAAAAAAGAGGACAGUCUGUUAACGCAAUUCGUGAGAAGAGGGUGGGGAGGCAAGAGUGAGGAGAAAUCUCUCAGAGGGGUUAUAAUGUACACACACAGGGAUACACAGUCGUACGCGCCGACGAAUGGAAGACACGCGUGAGGAACUUAGGAGAGACGUUAAUAUCCAAGACGUACGAGUACGUCGCCCAGCGUGAUACGACAGUUAUCGCGUUUUAAAACGAAAAAAAAAAUAUCUAACGGAGAUAUACGUUUUAAAAGAAGAAACAGCCGAAAUAAUGCGCGUGAAACGGUGUAAAUUUUUGUGGAUAACAAUUGCGUGACGAGCACUGAAUGUUUGAGGUUUGGGAGGUGACCGGUUAGGGGUGGAGGAUGAAUUAUUAACCGAAUGGAGCACAACAAAUCGUACAAAUCAACAGCCUUCAAACAAGCCACAUUAACCUCAAGUGAUUUAUAUUUUCUUACGAAUCAAGAAUCACGUAAUUAGUGUCUAUAUUGUCGUAAUAUCCCAAGAGCUUAGGUUUGAAAGGAAGAAGAGGAUUCUAAUGCGCAGAAAUUGUGAAAGGGAGACAAAGGAUUGAUACAUACGUAUUUUACUCUAGUGUACAAAUAUAAAGUCCGCCAGUGCCAAAUCGAGAGGAUUAAAAGCAAAACAAGAAGAAAAAAAAGUGAAACAGAUUAAAAUUAUUAUAAAGUUUUUAAAAAGGGAUUUAAAAAAAUUAAAUACAACCGUGUGACAGAGAAAUAAGUGAGCUAAACCAUAAACCAAAGAAUCUACCAUUUUCUACUAAUCAUUCAACGAUACUCUAACGAGCGGAGGGCAAACAGCUCGAUUAAAAAAAAAACUACAGAUUAAAACCAGACUAAACUCCUGAUUAAUUCGAGAAAGCACCAAGUUCUCCGCACACCGUUAUUUAAAAAGCAAAAAAAAAAUAACUAAAAAUCACAAAUAAAAACCAGACAGAGUCUAAAAGCAUAGGAAUUUAUAGUUAAACAUUGUAAGUAUUCUACAUUUUUUAAACGAGCACCGAGGAGUAAAUUUUUAUCAAAUUUUAUCGAGCAAAAAACAAGUUUAAGAGAAAAAAAAUUAAGUUAAAAAAACGUUGACGAAUUUUCGCUCAGGAAAACUAAAAAGUUAAUGAUAAACAAAAAUUAAAAAGUUAAAAACCAAUCUACUUCAGUUCGUAGCCUAAACCUGUCGAGUACAAAAGGAGGAUUAAGUGGAGAUAUUCCCGCGUGAAGCUCAACGAAACUCACGAUCGCAGUGUAAUUGAACAGAUAAAUAAUCUAUUAAAUGUCGUGUGUAUGAUCCCCAAGUGUCCCAGCGUAACAAGCGAACCCCAUUGAACUCUUCGCGAAUAAAAAUAAACAGCAAUUACCCAUCAUACUCCAUCGAUAAUCAAAUAAAUUAUCAAUUACACCGGCACCUUCGAUAGAAACCCUCGAAGGAGUGAUGGAUUUGAGGAUGCUUCGUAGAAGAUGAGCGGCGAGGUUAAAAAGGAGGUAGCACCCGAGAGGGUGAGCCCUCCGGCGGCACUGUCGAUAUCGCCAGGCAACCUUGGACCUGGUGAUCCAAAUCGCCAUUUGCCGCCAUUCAGUAGUUUCUCCGGUGACGUAUCAAUGGACACUGGUACAACAUUAACAACUCUCCACAGUCAGGACGCGACUCUCGGUCUGACAUCCUCGUGGGAUUAUUAUGAGGGUCUGACAGGUCGCCUGAUAGACUCACGGGGUGAAGUUGUACUUGCGAGUCAGUACCGUCCAUGGGAAUCAAAGCACGGCCUCCAUCCAAAUCCCGAUGGUUUGCCAAGCUUUGCCAGCCAAUUUGCCCCGCCGAGUGAGUCAGAGCCACAGUUGACAGCCCUUACACCUCUUUCACCGGCAUCAGUGUCACAUUCACCACCUGUGACAUCAGCUGUUGGUUUACCAAGUUUUCAUACACUUGGUUCACCACUACCACCACCACCUCAUCCACAUCGUACACCGGUUGGUUAUCCACUCGUACCUGCACCUGUACAGGCACGAGAAGUACCAGCUCUUCAGCAACAGAUUCUCGAUGAGAGACACAUUCAACUUCUUGGAUCAAAUCCUGUUCAGGCAUUUGCACCACCUCCUGGUCAUACACCUCACACAGUUCUCACAGUAGUUAAACAGGAGUAUCCACAUUUGCAUCACACCAAUUUCCAGAAUCCCAUGUCAACGGUCCUUGACUCAUCACCAUCUUCGAGGAUCGAUGGGAGGAAAAAGGAGCGAAGAAAAAAUCGAGGUGAUUCAAUGGAAUCGGAGGAUGGUAGUGGUAAUGUAGAGUCUUCGGGACAAGUUGCCGCGGUAUCGUCGACGGGUAAUCGUGGUCCACAUGGACAUUUGGGCGGUGGGAUUGGUGAUGGUGAUGGGGAUGGUGGACUUGGUGAUAAACCGGCGAAAAAGAAACGCAAACGGUGUGGCGAGUGCAUUGGAUGCCAGAGAAAGGACAACUGCGGUGACUGUGCACCAUGCAGAAAUGACAAGAGCCAUCAGAUCUGUAAGAUGAGACGGUGUGAGAAGCUGACGGAGAAAAAGCAUCUGUAUCACCUACAAACGGGCGAAGGUGCUUUCAGAGAACGAGGGAGAGGCCGAGGAAAGGGGACAACAAGGAGUUACCGAAAAAUAGCAAGACAAGUGAGUACCCCUGACAGUGCGCCAACCGGUCUUGGCAGUCCUCAAGCGGGUAUUGGUGGUCUCCAGCAGCAUCAAACACCCCAACAACAGCAACAGCAGCAGCAACAACAACAACAGCAGAAUCAGCAGCCAAUUCACACUGAUCCCAUGCAGCAGACAAAGGACAGUCUCAAUUCGGCGGCGAAUCAGCAAGCGGGAGCAUUGAGAAACGGAAAUCCACCACCUCCAGUUGUAUCAAUGUCACCGGGUGUAAUGCCGUUUUACGGUGACACUGGAGCUGGAUUUCGGCCGGCAGCUGGCUUUGGUAAUGCUGUCUGGCACCAGGGAGUUGCUCCAGUGGGUGCUGUUACGGUGGAAGCCACACCGGCAGCAUGGCCACCUCAACAAUUUAUCCAGCAGAUACCACCACCUAAUCAACUGGACGAGCUGAGGUACCACACGCAGUAUAGCGCUGCAACCCCCUAUCAUCCCCAACCAGAAGACCAAAUUCUCAUGGUUCCAGUGACCUACCAGCAGCAGGCCUUCAUAGCAACGGAUCAAUCAGCAUUUCAGCGUGCUGGUAGUACCGGCCAAUAUGCAAUAACUGGCCAGCCAUCGCCCCUAGCCCCAGUGGCACCCCAAACAGGUGCCCCACCACCCCAAAGACCCCUAAACGGUCAAUUCAUGGAUCCAGCGGCAACUCCCAACCAAACGGUUGGCUACGAGCGUCAAGAGUACGUCAAUGGAUAUCAGCAACAGGAUGUAACAAUGGCACCACCGCCCUCAACAACACCAAAUAGUCGCAGUAGUUCAGUCCACAUGGACACCCAACAACAGCAAUCUAAUCAACAGACUCCCCAAACAAAUCAGGGUGAUACACAAGUCAAAGGAUUUGCAACAAUAGCAACAUCAAAUGUGUCGGGAAACGAGAUGCCUGGGUAUCCACUUCAACCGGGCCCACAGAGUUCACACAACUCUAACGGAUAUCCAGGCUACAUUGAAAUGGGUCAACAGCCACAACAGCAAUCAAGUCAAUGGCAGAGUCAAAGCCAACAACAACACGUGCCAAGGCAGCCAUCUGUAUCUGACGCGAGUCAGGGUGCCCUGUGGUCUGACACAAAUUCAAGCGCUAAAAUGGGUAACAAUGGUAUGACAUGGUCUGACAAUCGAAUACAAAAGAUUGACCAGAAUGUGCAGCUCCAGGGACAGCAGGAAGUGCCAAGACCACCGAGUCAUAUGAGUUGGGAGAAUGGAAGUGUCAAAGAACCUCAGACACCUCAAUCGUGGCAGGACAACGGCGAUGGCCAGCAGUUGCAGAGUAAUCAGCAAACCCAGAACUGGCCUCAGCAGAGUCCAAAGAUGCGGGAGAAUCCGAGACUGACGCCAUCGUCACAAUCUCAAGCUCAACAAUCUGGCUGGCCUCAGCACUCCCCUAAGCUGCCCGAGCACCAGAGCGCCCCUCAGAACCCCAGAAUGACACCUUCCGGCCAGCAUAAUUGGCCGCAGAAUAGUCCUGAACUACAGGGGCAAAGCAACAAUCAUCAGAAUCCAAGACUGACGCCUUCAGGCCAGCAGCAGAAUCAGCAGUGGCAGCAAGGUCAGACAAAGAUAGAUCAGAAUCCUCGAUUAACCCCGUCAAACCAGAUGUCCUGGCCAGAUACGCCUACUAGUCAACCGAAUUGGUCACCAAAUAGUAUGAAGAGUGAUGGUAGUCAACAGCCUCAGCAGCAGUGGCCAGACUCCCAGCCAAGUCCACGAAGAACUCCCGGUCAUCAGCCAGCGGCUUGGAAUCAAGACUCCAAAGUCGAUAACCAAAUGAACUGGUCUCCCACGUCAACGGAGAAUCCGUCCUGGGGGCAGCAGAGCAACAAACAAGACAUGCAAAAUUCGGGGGAGAGAAUCAUUUGGCAGCAGACUGAAACCAAAUCGAGCGGCUAUCAAGAUCCAGAACAGGGAAAUCGUACACCAUCUAAUCUCCAAAGUCGAUUGAGAUCCAUGAUUCUCGAUAAGCAACAGGCACAACAGCAGAUCCAACAGCAGAUGAGUCAUGGACAUCAUCAGAUGCCGCAGGGUCAUCAGCAAAAUCCAAACGGUUCUAAUGACUUUCCCACUGACGACAGAAUACGGGACUCGCACGAAGGAAAUGACAAGGCGCAGGAAAAGAGGCCCGAUCAUCAGUAUAUAAAUCAGCCAUCGAUGAUGUCAAUGCCGCAGACAAACGAAUCAAUGACCGGUAAUUUUUUAUUGCAUAGCCACCACCCUCGUGACGAUAGUUUGCACGGCGGUGGUGGCUUAUGGGAUUGGACUGGAGGCGGUAACAGUGUUAACUCUGAAAUAAUACCGAAUAAUGAAGUGCCCUCAAUGGAGAACUUUGAGGAUUAUAACAAGAAGAAGAUUGCGUGGGAUAAUAAUCAGACUGACCACGAUAAAGAUAACAAGUCGUUUCACGAAAAACUUAGGAUAGUACCUGGAGGUAAGGACAAUCAGAUGAAAGGACCAGAGAAAAAUACCAGUGAGAUUAUGAAUGAAAAACCCAGUGGAAUUGAUUUUAAACAGCCAAUAAAACAGGAGUACAAUUGUACAGCUGAGUUAUCAGAGUCCCAGGAGUCAGAGAGUCUUCCAAAGACAAUAAAAACCGAGCCAGAUCAAGAGGAUAAUGACAGUGAUUACAAAUUCCGGGGUGAUGGUGGCCCAUUAAAAUUAUCAACAGAGACUGGAUCAUGGUGUUGUCGACGUGGUGGCACUGAUCAACCAACCCCAGAGCACCUCCGUGAAGGUUGCUGUCAGGGCCUUCAAACUCAGGACGAAAUAAUAGCUGAUUCACCAUCAACAUCCAACGACGUGAAGAACGAAUCACCGGGCAGUCCAAAAACACCAACAGCAACUGCUAAACUUCAAGAACACCUCGACAAACUCAAGAACAAUGUCAGAACUGAAGUACCGGACUGCGGCUGUUUUCCAGCUGAUAAAUGUCCACCGGAGCCUGGCUCGUACUACACUCAUCUCGGUGCUGCUGCCAGUCUUCCGGACUUGAGAAAUGAUCUUGAGAGGAGAACUGGAUUGAAAGGAAGUGCCAUUAGAAUGGAAAAGGUAGUUUAUACCGGGAAGGAGGGGAAAACUACGCAAGGAUGUCCAAUGGCUAAAUGGAUACUUCGACGCUCAGGACUGGAGGAAAAAAUUUUAUCAAUCGUGAAACAUCGUCAGGGUCACAAAUGUGCAACAGCCUGGAUCGUGGUGGCAAUGGUCGCCUGGGAGGGUGUACCAACGCACGAAGCUGAUCGAAUUUACUCUCUUUUGACACACAAGCUCAAUCGUUUCGGUCUCCCAACAACUCGGAGAUGUGGCACAAACGAGCCGCGAACUUGCGCAUGCCAGGGAUUAGAUCCAGACAGCUGUGGUGCUAGUUACUCAUUCGGCUGCUCCUGGUCCAUGUAUUACAAUGGUUGCAAGUACGCUCGUAGCAAAACUGUCCGGAAAUUUCGAUUGUCCGUUCGAACGGAGGAGCAAGAGGUGGAGGAACGAAUGCACGUUUUGGCGACUCUGUUGUCACCCCUGUACCUGAGCUUGGCACCUGAAGCGUUCAACAAUCAGACGCAGUUCGAGCGAGAGGCUAGUGAGUGCAGACUGGGAUUUAAACCUGGUAGACCAUUCUCGGGUGUGACUGCUUGUAUGGAUUUUUGUGCACAUUCACACCGAGAUCUUCAUAACAUGAACAACGGUUGCACAGUGGUCGUCAGUCUCACGAAGCAUCGCUCUCUCUCCCGCCCCGAGGACGAGCAACUCCACGUUCUUCCAUUAUACAUAAUGGAGGAUACUGACGAGUACGGUUCGAAGGAUGGACAGCAGGAGAAGAUUAAAGCCGGUGCUGUUGAAGUUUUAACGAAGUAUCCAUGUGAGGUCCGAGUAAGAUCAGUACCCCUGCAGCCCUGCAGACGUCACGGUAAAAAGCGAAAAGAGGACGAGCCAGAUACCGGAAUAAGUAAAAAAGAGGUCCUAAAAACUCCUGAGAAAUUGAUUGAAUCACGGCCACCAGUGUCGACAGGACGAGACCCUCAAUUGUCCCUGGAAAUGGCAUCAAUGUUCGAGGGUAUGGACGCCCAACUCCAGAGCUCUCAGGUCUCCUCAACAGUCCUCGACUCACCGGUUUCUAUGUACCAGGGCUGGGGUUAUCAAGGCGAGCAACAGUGGAACCGAAACAACUGGUUGGACCAGCGAAAGAACAGCUGGUUGAAUCCCUGGGGGGACUAUUCAUUCGGAGGGUUAGAGAGAGAUAAUAAAGUCGACCCUGACAGCACAAGCCUGGACGACACGCGACCGCGAUCAUCAGCCUCUCAAGACGAUCACCGACCGAGAUCAAGGAAUCUUCCUCAUUCAACAGUGGAAUCUCCUCGUGGCAGUAACUAUAGUAAUUCUCCACGAGGGCAAGCAGUCUCACCAAGGAGCUCUCAUCCGUCUACUCCAGGAGAAUCUUACACAAUGUCUCCGAGGCCUCCGAGUGACCUGAACUACAACAUUCAGUCUCCUCAAAAUCGAAACUACCCGAUGGACAACAGACCACCCCCAGCCUCUCCAAGAUUUCUUUAUCCCAGCUCUCCAACUCUCGACCAGCGCAACCAAUCUCCACGGGUAAUGCAGCACCCAGGGCCCCAGGAUCAAAUUCGACAGUCCCCAGUGAUGCACCAAAGACUGCCAUACCCAAAAUCACAACUCCCACGUCUCAAUUACCCACCAAGAUCCCAAUACCAAGAUCCAUCUCGCACUGACUACGGUACGACGAAUGUCAACCAGUCAGACUCGUUCCCUCCGAGUCCAGCAAUACCACCAAAUACCGAUUUUACGAUGCAAUCCAAUCACCACCAUAAUCAUGAAGAUAAUCAUGGACAAUACAUCGGUGUCAGUGGUGAGAAGAAACAGGAUCACCGUAAUAGAUGUCACAUUGACGCAAAACCACCGGUUUACAGUAAUUACCCAGUACCAUCGGAUCAAACAGCCACUAAUUACCACGGUAAUUGGAAUGUACUGAAUACCUGGAGUAACCCAGAAUGUCCAAAGAUUGAUCAUCACUUGAAUCAUCAGAUGGAUGUUAAAAAUAAUUCAACAGACCAAAAAAAUUGGGAAACACCAGUUGAUCCGUCACCCUUUCGUGUCCCAAAGGGACGUCCACCGUCCAGAACAGCGCCAAAUCAGAGCCCGUCCGAUAACAAUUACCAAAAUCCCACGAAUAAAACAUUCCUAAAGCCUCAACAACCAAAACAGGACGUCCUUUACUCGGACACUUGUAGAACUGGUUAUCAAAAUCAGCAAGAUAAAUUGCGUGAUUAUCACGACACAAGACAAAAUGAGAAUCACAACUCAGGUUGGGAUGAUGUUAAGCAAGUGCAAGACUUUCACGCCAUGCCGGGAAUCGGUCAUGCGUUUCCCCAGUACGGAUAUCAUCCUAGUUAUCCGGUAUUUGAUAAGCCUUAUGCGAAUACGUGGGAGGGAUACAAUUACCAAGGAUAUAAUUAUCAGAAUCCAGAGUAUCAGCAGUUGUAUCAACAGCCAAAAAGAGAGCACUAUCCUGGGCCUCAGUAUCCUUACCAGGGGGUGCCUUAUCAGGGAUUGAACUCAGGGUGGCCGAGGUGGGAGGCACCUAGGUGGGACAUUUAUGGACAUCCCCCGUAUUUUCCAGUGUUACCGGAGCCUCCACCGAAGGCAGAGCCCCUCGGGGAAGUUGCAGAUUUUUCGGACAACGAGGAGUGCUUCAAGGAUCCUCAGAUGGGGGGUGUUGCCAUUGCCCUCAGUCAUGGCAGUGUUCUCUUUGAGUGCGCUAAACACGAGAUGCACUGCACAACUGCACUGAAGAAGCCCAACAGAUUGAAUCCAACAAGGAUAAGUCUCGUUUUCUAUCAGCACAGAAAUCUCAAUAGACCUAGACACGGUUGGGACGAGUGGGAGGAGAAGAUGAGGCUCAGGAAGCUCGGCGUCACUCAGCCAUCAACAUCCGGGACCACCAGUACCACACAAACAGUCACGACUCCAACGUCAGUGUCUUCGGGAAGUGAUAAACCAUUGCCGCACAUUCCUAAUAUUCCAAGCUCUCAAUUCAUGAUGAGAUCACCUACUUAUACAACUAUGACUUGGACAACGCUCUUUCCAAUGCAUCCCUGCAUGAUCACUGGUCCUUAUCAGGAGGGUGGUGCCAUAGGAUGAGUUCACGAUAAUGGUGAACGUACGUGUUCUAAGGCCAUCGUAUCGCUGGACUCAUGUCCUUAAUUCAAAUUGAAGGAUUAUGUCCGUUCAGGGAAAUAUCGAUACCAUUCAUUCUUUUGUAAUUAUUGUGAAUUGAGACAAAUUGCACUGCCAUUUUUCUAUUCCACUUGGGUAUCGAUGUGAAUAUGUGAAAAUCAAAUACGUACAUGAAACUUCCCAUUUUUUAUACAGAAAAAAAAACAGAAGAAAUAGCCAGGUAGCUUUUGUAAGGAUUACGGGAUUUAUGGUGUUGAGAAAACUGUAUGAAGCAGAUUCUUUCUUUCUAGGGAAUGCUAACUGGUCUGACGGACAUUAUUCUUUGCGCUGUGAGGAUUAUUAGGGGACGGGCUGCCAUGUCUUACUGUGCAAAGACUUUGAUAUGAUUAGUUUUUAAUGAAUCUGAGGGACAAAUCUACGAAUUUGUUUGACUGUACAAUUACAAUUUUCUCUAGUGGCUGGCUUUCAUUUUGUUUUUGAAGUUUUAUUUUUAAUUUGUGUAUCUCAUUAGCUAGUCGACAAACGAGUGACAAUUAAUGGUAGUUGAGGAUACAUAUCUCACUGUAUGCACCACAGACUUUGCUCUUCCCAACAUCACAAUUUUUAAUUAUUAAUUUUUUCUUAAUUUCAUGUAAAUUAGCUCCAAGUACUUUUUACUGGGGGGCAAUAAUUGCAUUGUAAAUUUUUUCACUUUCUUGUUGAUUAGUUGUACAGUCACCAGCACAAUCGAUGACGCACUUUUCCAUGAUGCGAAUGCAAAGGACGAACAAACAAAUAGUAAUGAUAGAGAAACACGAUUAUAUGAUCUCAAGUUUUAAUUGAUAAAAUGGUAGAGCUAUUGAAUAUUUUAGCGACAUUUUGUAAAUUUGUGCUUCGUUAUAUUUUGUAUUUAUUUUUUAACGCACCAUUAUUUCAUGUCAUUUUUAUAAUUAUUUUUUCGUUUGCACUUAGCGAUCGUACUGAGUUGGAGACAUUCUACGUUAAUUAAAGAAUUUACUAACCACUCGCCAGUGGCGUUUGAGUACAAAGCAUUUUUUCUUCUAACAAUCAUUAAAAAGACACGAAGACUUUAACGUGAUUUUAAUUUUUUUAAGGAAAAAUUGGGGCUCAGAAUUAUCUGCACCUUUCAGACGUUUUUUUAUUAAAAAAAAUGUUCUCCUGAUACCAGUCUUUGGAUUUAUUUGUAAAAACCUGUUUCCAAAAAAUGUGAAAUUCAAAAUUUUACAAUUGAAACUAUCAUGGCAUUUUAAUUUUCGUCAUUGAAACAAAUGACUGUUUUAUUUAUAUUACUGAAUUUUGUACAUACUAGGUGAUUUUUUUGUCAUAUAUUUUUAACUUUAAUCUUUCAUUCUUCAAAUAUCUUUUUAUUCAAUUGCAAAAAGGAAAAAAAACACAAAUUGUAGUCUUUCUGUCUCAUUUUUAUCUAGAACCUAGAUUAUAAAAAAGAGGAUCGAUAACGAUCCAUAAAUCGUAUAGUUAAACAUUAAAAAAAAUCUUAUUUAUUUAUUUGUCGUGAUUGUUUUAUUACUCAAUACGAUGUCGAUCCUCGAGUGAGCAAAUUUAGCAUGAUUUCUAGACGAUUAUUGAAUCAUUUGUAACAAUUAGCAGUACACCGUCGUUAGUGAUAGUGAUAAACGAUUGAAAUGGGAAAAAUUGAAAAAAGAAAAGUGAAAAAAAAUCAUGAAAAAUCUUUGGUUCAUACCUCGACGUGUGCGGGAUCGAGGUAGUGACUAAGAGUGAACAAAUGAAAUAAGAUAAUUGUGGCUACUCGUCAGCCCCCUCCCCCUCCCCCUCCCGCCCGGAGUAUUAUAAGAAUCAUUAAUAUAUUAUCAUUCAGUAAUUAUCACAUAUAAUAAUUAGUAAUAUAAUCUAAUUUAAUUAAUUAUUUAUUAAUUAAGUUUGACAAACCAGUGUUAUUGUACUACUAUUACUGAAUACCAAUAUUAUUAAAAAAAAUUUUAGCGGGGAAAAAUAACGAUACGAGAACGAAUAGUCGAUGCACAAAUGAUGUUAAUAAUCAAAUAAAAUAUGAGAUAAUUUUCAAUGGCAUAUUUGUCAUCAACAAUCAUUCUCGCAUCCAUCCCAAAUGAAUUCCAAAUUCUUCUCUAAGCUAAGUUAUCACCAAUCUUUCAUUAAUUUCAUUUCAUUAUAAAAUAGAAUUGCGUAAGGACGGAUAGAGAUAUUCUAAUUAAAAUACUCGAAUCAUUUUUUUUCUUGUUUUCCCUUUCUUUUGUAACAGACGUUUUUUUUCUAUGAUUAUGAAUAGCAAAAGAUGAUACAGUCCAUUUUAAUAAAGAAAUAUAAAAUUUAUGAGAUGUCAUUUUGUAAUGUCCACGUGUGCUCACUUUUUUUUAAGCUUAAGGAUUAUUUAUUCGCAAAUCGUUGUGGUUUAUUUCUCUUGAAUUCUUGAAUGAUGGUUAUUUGGAAAGACUUUUUUUUAUUUCUUCAUGCUGGGUUUCUGAUUUUUUCGUCACCGUGUUUUUGCCAGAUAGUGAAUGUCCGAGGAUUGUGUGAAUUUACUUUUUAUUCUGAACAUUCUAGGUUGACGUGUCGCUGUUCAAUCACUUCCAUGAGUCUCUGAAAUAUUUUACUAAAAUGUUUCCUUUGAGAAAUUCAUGCGACGAUGCCAAAAUAGUUCAUAAAGUAUGAAAUUAGAAAGUAAAGAAUUGCAAUAAUUAUACAGAAAGAGGAAGAAAAAAAACUAUCAAAACUAAAGGACUAUUUAAGAGAGAAAAAUCAUUGAAGAAAAAAUUUAACUACAGUUAUCGAGAGCCAUGAAAAAUUAUGAAGUCUGAGGAACAAUGAAAAAAAUCACAUAUUUAACAGUUGAGUAGGCGAUUGAAGUAGAAGGGAAAAAAUGGUGACAAAAGUGAGUAAAGAAAAAUGAAGUUUAUAAAUAGAAAAUUAUUUUUUCUUCCAAUGCCAAAAAGAUGCCAUUUUGUUUUCUACGAAAAAGAAGUGAAUGAGAAAGCGAGAAAAAAAAGUGAGGAAAAAUUUUGAGUAGUCUAUAGAGAAUGUAUGUAAGACAUGUAAUAUGAAGGAGAAAAAAAAUCAAUGUCUAUGUCUCGUGAAACAAAAAAAUGUCCGCCUUAUGGAGAAGCAGAUUUUACAAUAGUGAAAAAAAGUAUAAAGAACAAUAUUUGUAGUUUACAGUAACAGAGUUUGAGAAACAAAAAUAAACGAACAGUAAUUAAAUAUGAAAA